AUGUUCAUCUGCGUCAGGCAUGGCGACAACCAGCGCUUCCUGGCCAACACUGACUGCCCCGUGCUGCUGCUGCUGCCCUACGUGCGGAGGAAGGCGGGGGUGCCGCCGGGGGCCGUCAUCGACCUGUGCGACCCGCAGGGCACCCCCAAGCUGCUCUUCCAGCCCAAGGCGCUGAGCGAACGGGCCAGCAAGUUCUUCCCGGUGCCCGGCACCUACUACGUGUGCCGCGUGGAGUUUGGGGCGCCCGGGACGCAGCAGGAGCACGUGUACCAGGCCUUCGUGCCCCUCCUCAAGGCCCCCAGCCCGGAGCUGACAGAGGCCCUGCGGCAGCACUGCGAGCACCAGCACCGCGUCCGCCUCCGGACGCCGAGGGUGCUGGAGAACAGGAGGAUGCCCAACGCGGAGACGGCACCCGCCGCGGCGCAGGCCCCCGCUGUGGACGCCCCGAGCCGGUGCCCCUCGGAGCAGGGCAAGGUGGCGGGACACACAGGCUCGGCGGGGGCUGCGGAGGAGGACGGGGCCCAGCGCAAGGCGGGUUCGUCCGGCCGAGCGAAGCAGGAGCCCGGCCGGAAGGAGAGGCACCGCUGA